AGGAGCGUUUCUGGGCGCCACGGGUGAAUUUUAAUACAGAAAGUGUCACACGGCACGUACGCCGCCGAAAUGUCUGCUGCGACCCCAGAAGAAACACCCGAGCUCAGUGUUGAGAGCGAUGCACCGCCCGGGGAGACACAAGGCAACGGCGGAGAGACCGAAAAUGGCUUUACCGAGCCGGAUAAAGAGGAACCGCGCAGUAGCGUAGAACCGAAAAUGGAAGGGGUGGAGGCGGAGGCCGGCGAAGAGAAGCCCGCUGCAGAGAGACGGGAGGCCGGCGAAGAGAAGCUCGCUGCAGAGAGACAGGAGGCCGAGGCCGAGGCGGUGACAGCCGGCAGUGUUGAGGUGAACCAGGGGGAGACAGCCGUAGAAGAACCGGAGCUAAAGCCAGAGGAAAAACCAGAGGAAAAACCAGAGGAAAAACCAGAGGAAAAGCCAGAGGUAAAGCCAGAGGAAAAGCAAAGCCCGGAGGAUGGUAACAACAUACCUGCUGCCAACGAUAACGCAAUACAAGACGCAAAGGAGCAACCGGGACAGGUAAACUGCGAAAAGAGCAAAGCAGCGUGUGAAGACGGGGAGAAGCCCGGCGGCGGGGGCGGGGAGCUGGACGACAAGAGGCGGCCGAGUGUGGAGAUCUCAUCCUCGGAUGGAGAACCGCUGAGCCGCAUAGACUCGGAGGACAGUAUCAGCAGUACCCUGAUGGAGAUGGAGAGCACGGUGUCCAGUGGGCGCUCCACACCUGCCAUGAUGAACGGACAGAGCAGUGCCAGCUCCUCGGGGGUGAAGACAGUGGGGUACCCCUGCUGCUGGGACCUCUGUUCUCAGUGCUUCAACUCAAGUCCUGACCUGGCAGAACACAUCAGGGGCAUUCAUGUCGACGGGCAGCGAGGAGAGGUGUUUGUGUGUCUAUGGAAGGGUUGUAAGGUGUACAACACACCAUCCACCAGUCAGAGUUGGCUCCAUAGACACAUGUUGACUCACAGUGGAGAUAAGCCUUUCAAGUGUGUAGUCGGCGGCUGCAACGCCAGCUUUGCCUCCCAGGGGGGGCUAGCUCGUCACGUCCCGAGCCACUUCAGCCAGCAGAGCUCCUCCAAGAUGUCCAGCCAGGCCAAACUCAAGGAGGAGUCCCCCUCCAAGGCUGGGCUCAACAAGAGGAAGAAACUCAAGAACAAACGCAGGUGCUCCCUACCGAGGCCGCACGACUUCUUCGAUGCCCAAACCAUGGACGCUAUCCGCCACAGGGCCAUCUGUCUGAACCUUGCCACCCACAUCGAGAGUGUGGGCAACGGCCACAGUGUGGUCUUCCACAGCACGGUACUAGCCAGAAGGAAAGAGGGAUCUGGCAAGGUGAAGGUCCUCCUGCAUUGGACACCUGAGGACAUAUUACCUGACGUGUGGGUGAAUGAAACGGAGCGGUCGCAGCUGAAGACUAAAGUGGUGCACUUAUCCCAGUUACCGCAGGAUGCUGCCAUGCUGCUAGACCAAAACAUCUAUAGAGGACUUCCUCAAAAGCGACUGAAACACAGCCUUUAGAGAGUCAUCUGUGGACUCCAUACUUAAGGGGAAACGCUUGUUCAUAGGAGGUUUGUCUAUAUGGGAUGGGACGCUCUUCAUCUGUGUCUACUCAACGGGGGGAUUGAAGUGGCGAUAAAAGGAAAUGAAACUUGGCCGUGCUGCAUUUUUUUCUCUCUUCACUUUAGUAUAUCUGAACUGUUGUUCAAGCGUGGCGGAAAACGGGACUUUUACAGUUUUGUUUUUUUACUCUUUUUCAUCAAAAAUGUAAAAGAAUGUCUUUUUUUUUUUAACAAACACCAAACUGAAAAUGUUCUUAAUACCCAAAAGUAUACAAACUGUUGUGUGUAACUUUGUCAGAAAAGACAGCAUAUUUUAUAACUGUUUUUGUGUAAAAUAUUUAUGCAGAUUUAUAACUUAUUUUUAUAUCAUGAAAAUGCUGGUGUUCUGUGGAUUUUUGUGAAGGUUUUGCUGAAACCGUAUUUACUGUGAUAAUAUAUGCUAACUGUCACUUGUAGGGGUAUUAUAGCACUUUCUACUUUAAAUAACAUUGUAUAUGACAGAAGUCUUAACUGAUUAUCCUAUUUAUUCUUCCUACAGUACUUUUACCUGUGUGUAUGACAACAAAGAGUGAUGUUGUGUUAGUCAUGUCAGACAUGACUCUUAAUCUCACCCAGUCUGCAGAGAGAGCAUAGAAAUGACUCGGCACUCAAAGGGUAAAUCACCUCUGCUUCCCAAGAUAACAUGUACAUAAUUCAUAUCAUAUUUAAGCACUCAAAGGUUAUUGUUAAAAUAAAUGUGUUUUUUAUAUAUAUAUGUUGUCCCUGUUUGGAAUGGAUAUUCUCUGUUUGUAAUAAAAUGUGGGCAAAUGAUGUUGAAGCACAUUGUUUCUACACAUGAGGGUGCAAGGUGUUUGAAUGGCAGGAAGGGUUCAUGCAUCCAUUGUGUUAUGAAUAUGAGUUCCGUAUGUGUGCAUUAAGCGGAUUGGCUGAGUUAUUUGGCGUCCAUUAGCGGAGCAGCUUUGGGAGCAUGCUGUGGAGGAGCUAAUGACGGGCCGGCGGGGCAGGACCCUUGCUGGCCUCAGCUGUUACUUAACAUGCCUGCAGAGAAAAGUGAGUUCAGAGAGAGGUCCUCUACAACAUGGCUGUCCUGUUCUUUAAUAUCUCAUGCACUCACACAUGCAAAAUUCAUGGGGAGUUGGGACUCCAGCUUGUGAUAAAAUGAGGCCUUCAAGUGCUAUUCCAUUAUUUUGUGACGCCAAGCACUAAAAACUGUUGGCACCC